AUGGCAUCUGAAAUGGUAUGCGGACUCAUCUUCAGACUCCUUCUGCCAGUUUGCCUCGCUGCAGCAUGUCUGUUCCGGUACAACUUGCUGUCCUUUGUCUACCUCAUCUACCUCCUGCUCAUCCCACUGUUUGCAGAGCCAACAAAGACAACAAUGCAAGGCCACACAGGUCGCUUGCUGAAAUCCCUGUGCUUCACCAGUCUGACCUUCUUGCUGCUGCACAUCAUUUAUCAAAUCACCAUUAACAGCCUGCUAGCGGGAGAAAACAUUGAGCCCAGCUUUAACUGUUCAUCAUGGGAGAAAUCUAUAAGACAGCUGGGGUUUGAAAGUGUCCGUGGUGCAGAUGCAGGGAAUGGUAUCCGGGUGUUUAUCCCAGACAUUGGCAUGUUUAUUGCUGGCCUGGUUACGUGGUUCCUGUGCCGCAGUUUAGAGAAACCUCCAGUGAAGGACAUUCUGCAGCAUAACACUGACUUUGACUUGGAAAACCAGACCCAACACGACAAUGACCAGGCUGAAAUGGAACAGGAGAAUGAAGAGGAGAAAGAAAAUGAUGAGAAGCUGGAAAUGGACUCUGACCUGCACUUUGAGGAAGACUUUGAGCUGGACGAUGAUGACUGUGAACUGCCAGAUGAGGAAUUGGAAGAAGACCAGGAAGAGCUAGAGGAGUUAGAGGAGGGGCUAGAUGGUCUGGGGAUUGAGGGAGAAGUGGAGAACACCAAGAUGAAGAUCUUGCAACAAAUAACAGAAGUGGCAUCCAAACUAAAAGAAAUCAUAGGCAAUCUGAUUACGACUGCAGGGAAAGUAGUCGUAACUAUAUUACUGGGUCUUACAGGUAUCAUGUUGCCCUCCCUUACCUCCAUAGUGUACUUUUUUACUUUUUUGGGCCUGUGCACAUGGUGGUCUUUUUGCCGCACGUUCGACCCACUGCUUUUUAGCUGCCUGUGUGUGCUGAUGGCCAUCUUCAGUGCAGGACACCUCGUUAUCCUCUACCUCUAUCAGUUCCAGUUCUUUCAGGACGCUGUAUCACCAGGAGAUAACUAUGCAAGUCUGUUUGGGAUCUCUCCAGUGGUGCUGACUAACUGCUCCCACACCUGGAUGUUUAAUGCAAAUCCUGAGCUGGGGUGGCACCACUUUGUCAAUCCCAUCAUGAUUUUGGUUCUGUACUAUACACUGGCCACACUUGUCCGCCUGUGGUUGCAGGAACCAGUGGACAAGGUAAAAGGAGAAGCUGGAGAAGCAGAGAAAAAAGAGCAGACUCCAGUAAGCACUGACCCCCCUCAGACAGCUGAAAAAAAGAGAGAAAUGUGGAGGAUGUCACGCUACCUCCCAGAUGAGAAAAAGGUAUUGAUUGUGACGUCCAAUGGUGGUCCCGUAGAGUUGAUGGCUUUGACCAGAGAGAGUUUGCCCUUUUCUACAAGACUCUACUCCACCCCUCACUACAAGAGCCACACUGAGUCAGAGCAAGAGAGGAUGGAUGCCAGUGUGUAUGAGCUCGAUCCCAUGUUUCCUGGUGCCCCAGGUUUCCCUGAGAAGACCAUCCGAGUAAACGCACUGGUGAAGGUGUUUCGGUUUGUGAUGAAGCAGAGCUACAUAUGUGCCCUCAUUGCCAUGAUGGCAUGGAGUAUUACAUACGUGAGCUGGCUGACUUUUGUCUUCCUCAUCUGGUCAUGUACUCUGUGGAUGGUUCGGGACAGGAGGAAGUACGCCAUGAUUACAUCUCCCUUCAUGGUGUUUUAUGGGAAUCUUCUGAUCGUGCUACAGUAUAUCUGGAACUUUCAGACACUUCAGCCAGUACCAGGCCUGUUCCUCAAGAAGGAUGUGCCCUUCAGGGAACUGGGCUCAAAGAUCAUGUGCCUUCUAAGUUUUUGGCUCCUGCUAAGACAAGCUUUAAUGGAAAGACAAGAGAAAAAGAAAACUGAGACACAGCUAUCUGAUAUUAAGGUGGAGGAAAGUUCACAGGAAAAAUAUAUGGAAGCUGAGGUUGGGGGGCAGAGAGAGAUGAUGGAUGUGUUGGGUAAUACAGUCAUGUCGAUGUUGAAUAAAUACUGGAUUUACAUCUGUGGAGGAAUGUUCUUCUUCGUAAGCUUUGAAGGACGAAUUGUCAUGUACAAAAUCAUCUACAUGAUGAUGUUCCUUUUCUGUGUAGCUCUCUAUCAGGUGAACUAUGAGAAGUGGAGAAGGAUGCUAAAGUAUUUUUGGAUGUCAGUUGUGGUAUACACCAUGCUGGUGCUCAUUCUCAUCUACACCUUUCAGUUUGAGUCCUCCUUACAUGUCUGGUCCAACAUCACUGGUCUGAGCAAGGAAAAGUUAGAAGACCUGGGUUUGGAAAAGUUUACGGUUCCAGCUCUAUUCACGCGAAUCUUCAUCCCUACCUCCUUUCUGCUAGUGUGCAUUCUGCAUCUGCACUACUUUCAUGAGUGCUUUCUACAGCUCACUGACAUUAAGGCAGUCGCAGACAAGCAGAAAAGCACCAUCUCCAGGCUUGUGCAUCUUGAUGGCAGUCUGGUAGAUAUCUCUAUGAUAAAGCCAGAGUUUAACUCGUCUAUAAACGAGGAAGAAUUGGGAAAGAAAGUGAAUCUGGAUGAUGAGGAGGAUGUUAAAAAAAGGGAAGAGGAUGAUGAAAAAUGCCCUGACUUCUACUGUAGGACUCCAAGCUUCUCCUUUAAUGUACCAGAACCGGAUUCUGGCCAGGGAGAUGAUCUGAGAAAUAAGUGGCACCUGGUGAUGGAGCGCCUGACCGUACUGUUUCUCAAGUUCCUGCAGUAUGUUAAUCAGCUGCAGCUCUUCAUCUGGUGGGUACUGGAGCUCCAUAUUAUCAAGAUUGUGUCCUCUUACAUCAUCUGGAUCUCUAUCAAAGAGGUGUCUGUGUUUAACUGUGUGUUUCUGGUGAGUUGGGUAUUCGCUCUGCCCUUUAGCCAGUUUCGCCCACGAGCCUCCAGUGUAUGCACCAUUUGGACCUGCGUCAUUAUCAUUUGCAAAAUGCUCUACCAGCUCACCUCAAUCCAACCUGAAAACUACUCCAAAAACUGCUCUAUGCCAGAUAAUUACACAGAUGUUCAAAAGCUGGACAUGGCCAAGUCUCUCCUCUACAGCGGCCCAGUGGAUCCUGCCAACUGGUUUGGCCUCAAGAAGUUCUCCCCAUUACUGGAGAAUUUGAGAAAUAACCUGUUGAUACUGGCACUGUUGGCAUUUGAAGUGACUGUCUACCGUCACCAAGAUUUCUACAGAAUGAGAAACAACCUAACUGCUCCCAUCGCCAGAACAAUCUUUCACAACAUCACACGCCAGCACCUGGAUGAUGGCAUCUUCAACUGUGCCAAAUAUUUUAUUAACUACUUCUUCUACAAGUUUGGCCUCGAGACCUGCUUCCUGCUAGCAGUAAAUGUCAUUGGCCAGCGGAUGGACUUCUGUGCCAUGCUGCACGCGUUUGGGCUGAUCGCUGUGCUUUAUCAGCGAAGGAGGAAGGUCAUCGCUCGGGUUUGGCCCAAGUACUGCUGCUUCCUGGCCUGCAUGAUUACCUACCAGUACAUUAUUUGUAUUGGGAUCCCACCAUUAGCCUGCUCAGACUACCCAUGGAGACAACCUUCAUCCAGUAUGGACUCAAAUGUGAUCAAGUGGCUCUACCUGCCUGAUUUCCAUACCAAACCAAACUCUCUCUUUCUCCUCUAUGAUUUCAUGUUGCUGCUGUGUGCCUCGCUUCAGAGGCAGGUAUUUCAGGAGGAGAAUGACCCUGCGGUGCGUCUCUUGGCUGGUGAUAAUAUAGAGAUCUGUAGAGACCUGGAUGCUACCACCCUUACCAAACACAACCCUGUUCCUGACUUUAUUCACUGCAGGUCAUAUCUGGAUAUGCUAAAGGUGAUCAUGUUCAGUUAUUUGUUCUGGUUCGUCCUCGCAAUCAUCUUCAUCACAGGAACCACACGUAUCAGUGUGUUCUGCAUGGGCUACCUGGUAGCCUGUUUCUAUUUUCUGCUCUUUGGUGGAGAGCUUCUGCUCAAGCCAGUUAAAACCAUCCUGCACUACUGGGAUUUUCUAAUUGCAUACAACGUGUUUGUCAUCACCAUGAAGAACAUCCUGUCUAUAGCUGCCUGUGGAUAUAUUAAAGCCUUAGUGGCCAAUCACUGCUGGCUUAUCCAACUCUUCAGUCUGGCUUGUACUAUAAAGGGCUAUUCAAGACCGGAGCAGCAGGCCAAUAAACAGUGUGAGCUCCCCAGUGAUGAGGCUGGCAUUAUAUGGGACAGCAUCUGUUUUGCCUCCCUGUUGCUGCAGAGACGAGUCUUUAUGAGCUAUUAUUUCCUGCAUGUGGUGGCUGAUAUCUGCUCCUCUCAAGUCCUAGCAUCCAGAGGAGCAGAGUUGUUCCAGGCCACCAUAGUGAAGGCAGUAAAGGCUCGACUUGAAGUAGAGAAAAAAUCUAUGGACUUGUUGAAGAGACAGAUGGACCGCAUUAAGAGCAGGCAGCAGAAGUUUAAGAGGGGAAAGGAAAGGAUGUUGAGUUUGGCACAGGAAAGUGGUGAAAGCCAAUCACUGUCCAAAGAGGAAGAAAAGGAAAAUGAUGGAAAAUCGGAUAAAGAGAUGAAUAAAGGGAAAAGGAAGAUGUGGUGGAGACCAUGGGUGGAUCACGCCUCCAUGGUGAGAAGUGGGAAUUACUACUUGUUUGAGACUGACAGUGAGGAGGAAGAAGAAGAGGAAAAAAAAGAGGAGGAACCCCCUAAAAAAUCAGCAUUUCAAUUUGUGUACCAUGCCUGGAUCACUGAUUCCAAAACAGCCAUGAAGGAGCACAACAAAGAGAAACAACAUUUCUGGCAGAGAUAUAAAGAGGGGCAGAAAUCUAAGAAGUACGAACAGGAGGCAUGUCAAGUUGCAACUGAGGUGGGAGAUCAGGAGCAGGAAAAAGUUGAAGAAGAAAGAUCAAAUGGACCAGACAACAUCCUGAAGCGGGUAUUUAACAUAGUAAAGUUCUCCUGGGUGCUGUUCCUGGCUCUGCUAGACAGUUUCACUGCCUGGUUUAACUCCAUGUGCCAGGAGUACAUCGACAUCUCCACAGUGCUGCGCAUAGAACGCUGUAUGCUCACACAUGAGGUCAAAAAGGGAAACAUUCCAUCACGGGAAAGCAUUCACACUUACUAUCAAAGGCAGCUGUGUCAACCUUCUUCCUCCGAGUCAGUUCUGGGAGGAACAGGGGGGCUGCAGGUUCAGCGUGACUUAUCCAGUCCACAUCAAGACCAAGAGGACCAGAGCAUGCACUCUGAACCUACUCAGGAUAGUCUGACCAGUGUGUACGCUGACUUCACAAUGGUGUACAGUGAGAAAGCUGAUGACUGUGUGCCAAGGACGAGUGAACGUCUUCGACCCAAAUUAUGCCGUCUGCAGGGACUUGAAUGUUCCUCUUCAUCCUCCUCUGCUGAGAGCGUGACCAGUGCUGCAGCCAGUGAAAACACACAGUGUACGGCACUCUGCUCUCGGCAGGGCACUGGUGAUACCACUGAGGAUUCCAAAGAGACCCAAGAAAAUGUACAAAUCCCAGGUGAUCUCUGGACUCCGAUUGAUCUGCCUGAAACCUCGGGGAUCCAGGGUUGUAGUAGUGAGGGACAGACACUCCAUGGAGCUACAGCAACUGAAAGGGACAGUAAAUUCAUGACUGAGCAGGCCACAUGGUUGGGGCUCAGUAGGGUUCCUUCUGAGGCAGAUAUUCCUCCCUCCUAUAGCAAGGCCACGGGUCUGGACUCCGUGGGUGAGUCUGUGGGUCAGCUUGAAGGGAAGAGGCUCAAGAUUAACAUUCCAGAUGAUGCUACACUUCCCGCACUAAGCCAUGAACUAACAGCAAGUGAACUGUUGCGCAACAGGAUGUUCUAUGAUGAACAGCUGGAAGAGUCUGAGCGCUUCUACAGCUCUCAGCCACAGAUCCUGCAGCUUUGUUACGCUCUCUAUAACAUGCUGGUGGCACACUCGGAGAUGGUAUGCUACCUGGUCAUUAUACUUAACCACAUGGUCUCAGCCUCAAUGGCCACACUGGUACUGCCCAUCCUCAUCUUUCUGUGGGCCAUGCUGUCUGUGCCCCGGCCCAGCAAACGCUUUUGGAUGACAGCUAUAGUGUACACUGAGGUGACUAUUGUGAUAAAAUACUUCUUCCAGUUUGGGUUCUUUCCCUUCAAUCAAAGCAUAGAGAUAGACAAGUCCAAACCCUUCCACCCUCCUAAUAUAAUAGGAGUAGAGAAGAAAGAGGGAUAUGUUCAUUAUGAUCUCGUUCAACUGCUGGCACUCUUCUUUCAUCGCUCUAUUCUUAAGUGUCAUGGUCUGUGGGAUGAGGAUGACACCAGGUCAGCAUCUAAAAGGACAGUGUACAGCCACACAGACUCGUGCAGUGGGGAAAAACCUGAAAUCUAUAGAGAAAGGAGUUCAAUUACCUGUGAUACUUUACCAGAGUCCUCAAAUACUCACAUAAUCAGAAAACUCUCCCACACUAAUUCUGCCAUAUACCGACGCAGCUCCAGUACAGGAUCACACGUUUCACGCAGAUCACCCCGCUCCAGAGGAGGCAGUUUAGGCACAAGGUCAAGUGUGGGUCGAAUGAGUAGCUGUUUGGGUGUUCAGGAGAAGAGUCGUAAAGAGCUCAUACUGGAGAAACUGCAAGAGCAGCUCAUCAAAGCCAAGAAAUUUAUAGUCAAAAUAACCCUGGACAUCUAUGUUCCAAUUCGCCAGUUCUUUUACAACCUGAUCCAUCCAGAAUACAGUGCAGUAACAGACGUCUACGUGCUCAUGUUCCUGGCUGAUACUGUGGACUUUAUUAUCAUUGUUUUUGGAUUUUGGGCCUUUGGGAAACAUUCUGCUGCUGCAGACAUCACAUCGUCUCUAUCGGAGGAUCAAGUACCAGAAGCAUUUCUUGUCAUGGUUCUCAUCCAGUUUGGCACUAUGGUGGUUGACCGAGCCCUGUAUUUAAGGAAGACUGUUAUGGGGAAGGUCAUCUUCCAGGUUAUCUUAGUGUUUGGAAUCCACUUCUGGAUGUUCUUUAUACUUCCAGGAGUGACUGAAAGGCGUUUCAGUCAGAACAUGGUAGCUCAGCUCUGGUACUUUGUGAAGUGCAUCUACUUCGGUCUGUCAGCCUACCAGAUCCGUUGCGGCUACCCCACACGUGUGCUGGGUAACUUUCUGACCAAGAGCUACAAUUAUGUAAAUCUUUUCCUCUUUCAAGGGUUUCGGUUGGUUCCGUUCCUGACAGAGUUGCGGGCCGUAAUGGACUGGGUUUGGACAGACACCACGUUGAGUUUAUCCAGCUGGAUCUGUGUGGAGGACAUUUAUGCACACAUCUUUGUUCUCAAGUGCUGGAGAGAGUCAGAGAGAAGGUACCCUCAGCCACGUGGACAGAAGAAGAAAAAGGUGGUGAAGUAUGGGAUGGGUGGAAUGAUUGUCAUGUUACUCAUCUGCAUCGUCUGGUUUCCACUGCUCUUCAUGUCUUUGGUGAAAUCAGUAGCUGGUGUCAUCAACAAACCCUUGGAUGUGUCUGUCACCAUCACACUUGGAGGAUUUCAGCCAAUUUUUACAAUGAGUGCCCAGCAAAAUCAGCUAAAAGACAUUUCUGAAUCUUAUUUGUUGGAUUUUAAGACUUCAUACAGCUACAUUCCGAGUGCAAUGCAGUUUUUGGAAGCGUACACUGCUGAGGAUGUGACAGUAGCAGAGUUAGAAGGAAGUUCAAAUUCUCUGUGGACUAUCAGCCCACCUAGCAGAAAAAAUCUGAUGGAGGUACUAAGAAAAGAGGACCAGUUUCCGGUUACCAUGUACUGGACCAUCCAGAGGAAUCUUAGUCUUGGAGCAAAGGCUGAAGUUGCCAUGGAUAAGCAUGUCACAUAUUUGGAUAUGAAAACAAGACAAGAGUUAAUAAAUCUACUAAAUGGAACACGGAACAAAGCUGUAGUGAUAGAGCAAGUUUUCCCUUGCUUCAUCCGAGCACCCAGUGAUUCAAAUGCUAAACCUAUAGAACAGCUUUAUAAAGAGGAACGCUACGAGGACAUACUGCUGAAUCUGGAACGUACCAAUAAUAGCAGUGGUGAGAUCCAGGAGUGGUGGAUCGUGGACGCCCUAUCUGCAGAGGAGAGAUCAGGACUGAAGGUGGAGGACACACGGCAGGCUGGACUGAAGCUCUAUGUGUUCAGUGAUAAAGUCAGUCCUCCCAGUCUGGGAUUCCUUGCUGGUUAUGGUAUCAUGGGACUGUACGCCUCUGUGGUGCUGGUUAUUGGCAAGUUUGUGCGUGAAUUUUUCAGCGGCAUCUCACACUCCAUCAUGUUCGAGGAGCUGCCCUGUGUGGACCGUAUCCUUAAACUCUGCACCGACAUCUUCCUCGUCCGAGAGACCGGUGAACUGGAGCUGGAGGAAGAUCUGUACGCCAAGCUUAUAUUCCUCUACCGCUCACCUGAGACUAUGAUUAAGUGGACCAGGGAAAAAAUGAAAUGACUUGCAUUAAUCUUACGAGGAAGAAUGAAACAAGACAAAGGAAGGGUGCAAACUGAAGGUGCAGAAGAGUGUCCUCGGUAUGGUUACAUGAUUUGGGCACUCAUGAGAAGUUUGGGAAUUAGAAACAACCUUCAUACAUGGAGUUUCACUGCCUCAACAAUGUGAUCUACAGGCUUACAGCACAUGUGAUAUAUGUGCUGAAACCUGUAUAGCCAAUGGACUGGGAUUGUAGAGCAGCUGCUGUAGACUUGAAUGAGAGAAAAUGUUAGGGCUCGGCUGUACUCUAACACCCCCUUUCGGUUAAAAUAGAAAUUCAAUAUACUGUGCAAUAUACUGUCCUGCUAGCUGGCUGAAAAGACUAAUGUAGCUGAGAGGAAAAAAUGGAACUGAAAGACACUAGUCACUUUUGAAUAAAAAGACAUGUAUCUGCCAUAAUCUGAAAGCGCUUGGGUUCUUCAAGCAAUCAAAUCAUGCAUUCCAAAUGAGACAUUUCUCAAGGAUUGGUGAUCCACCUGUACCGUUUGAGGGAUUAAAAUAAGGAUAAAGUUUUCUUCCUCCACAUACCAAAGAACAGACACAACAUGAGCUAUCAAGAACUGCUUUCUUUCCUUCAUUUAUGUAAUACUGUGUACACAGGGUGAUUCGACUGUGGAUUAGUGACCUGAGCAUAAAGCACAUUUUGG